AUGUAUUCGAAGGAUGAGCUUAAAGUUCUAGUAGAUGGGCAGGAUAGUUUGUUGCAAUUCUUCGAUGAUUUGUCUGCUGCUGAGAAGGAAACCUUCGUUCAACAGCUGAAAACUUUGGAUAUUCCAAGUGCUAAGAAGCAUUUUUUGGAAUCUGUCAAUGUAUACCAUCCUGAGCCAAAGAACUUGAGGCCUGUCCCUGAGGAUCACCAUGCUAUCGUUAAGUCGAUGUCUGAGAAAGAUAUUAGCUUCUACAAGAACAAAGGACUCGAGGCUGUAGCGAACGGUGAAGUAGCUGCUCUAGUACUUGCUGGCGGUCAGGCUAGCCGAUUGGGUUCGUCAUCACCCAAAGGAACUGUGCCAUUGGGGCUUGAUGUUUCUCCAUGUGAUUCUUUAUUCGGAAUUCAAGCUGCUAAAAUUGCUGCUCUCGAGAGACUAGCUUCUGCUACUUUCCCUGGGAAGAAUGGGAAAGUUCAAUGGGUUGUGAUGAGCUCCAAAGCAACUGAGGCUGCUACAAAGGAGCAUUUAGAAAAAGUUGUUCCCUUAGCUGGUUUAUCAACAGAGCAGCUGACAAUGUUCUGCCAAGGAGAAAUUCCAGCCUUUGAUAUGGAGGGAAAUGUGUUUUUAAGUUCGACAAAAUCCAUAAGCACUUCACCAAAUGGAAAUGGAGGAAUCUACUCUGCUUUGGCAAAUAUCUUGCCCGAUUUGAAAAAGAAAGGCAUUAAGUACUUCCAUAUUUAUUGCGUCGAUAACAUUCUUUGUAAAAUUGCCGAUCCCACAUUUAUCGGAUAUGCUAUUGAUAGGAACGCAGACGUAGUCACAAAGACAAUUUUGAAAUCUCCUGGUGAGCUGGUAGGAUCAGUUUGUAUAGACAAUGACGUUCCCCGUGUUGUGGAGUAUACGGAAUUGGGAGAGGAGUUAGCCGAGAAGACAACCAGCGAUGGUCGACUUCUAUUCGGAGCUGGUACCAUUGCCAAUCAUUUAUUCUCGAUGGAAUUCUUAGAAAGGUUUUGCACUCCUUCGUUCCAUCUUCCAUACCAUAGAGCACACAAAAAAAUCUCUCAUGUGAACAAUAAUGGAGAGAUAGUCAAGCCGGAAACGCCAAAUGGAAUUAAAUUGGAACAGUUCAUCUUCGACGUAUUCUACAUGAGCAAGAACUUCCAUAUUUGGGAAGUUGAUAGAAAGGAUGAAUUCAGCCCUCUGAAAAAUGCUGAGUCUGCUGGUGUUGACUGUUUAUCGACUUGCCAACAAGCUUUGAGUGUUCAAGCUUGUCGCUGGUUAACCCAAGCUGGGGCUAUUGUUGAAGAGAAGCCUGUAUACAUCAAAUCUGAAUGGAGUUACGAUGGAGAGAAUUUGGAGAAGUACUCAGGACAAACCAUUGCACGUGGACUUUUGAAGAGUUUAUGA